ACAGGAGUAAUAAGGGAAACCGAGUAGGAAUGGAAUUACCGAAAGCAUAAUGCUAUAUAUGAGGUGGUACCUAAUGGAGACCAAUCGAAAAUUAUUAAAUUUGAUAUCAACUUCCUCAAAUUAUUCUCUGCUUCUUUAAUCGAUCAGUAGGAAUAAUGAUAAGAUUUAACAAGAUAAAGCAGCAGCAAAAGGAAGUUGCUUCCAAUGCAAACGGGAAGCCUAUAGGGAAGAAGCAGAAUGCCGGAGAAUUACGUAUUUUGAAAGAUAUAAGUGAGUUGAACUUGGCAGAAGCAUGUAGCAUAUCGUUCAUCAAUGGACCGGAUGACCUGAUGAAUUUUGAGGUCACCAUUAAGCCUAAUGAAGGAUAUUAUAAGGGUGGCAAAUUUAUCUUUUCCUUUCAAGUACCGGUCCUGUAUCCUCACGAGGCACCAAAAGUCAUGUGCAAGACAAUGGUUUACCACCCAAACAUCAACUUGGAAGGGAAUGUAUGCCUCAACAUUCUUCGCGAAGAUUGGAAACCUGUCCUCAAUAUAAACACUAUCAUUUAUGGGCUGCUUCAUCUCUUCACGGAACCAAAUCAUGAGGAUCCUUUGAAUGGUGAGGCAGCUGAUGUGUUGAGAGAUGAUCCACAGAAGUUUGGUUCCAAUGUAAAGAGGGCCAUGGCUGGUGGUAAAAUUGGAAAUACCUAUUUUGCUCGCUGCAUUUAGCAAUAUAUAGCAACUCUGCAAAUUUACCUAUUUUUCAUCAUUGUUUAUAUGUUUGUAAGCCUUUUUUUUUAAAUACAAUAAGGGUAAAGAGAUUUAAACUUGACUAA